AUGCCGCGCUCCUUCCUGGUAAAGAAGAUCAAAGGGGACGGCUUCCAGUGCAGCGGGGUGCCGGCCCCCACCUACCACCCCUUGGAGACCGCCUACGUGCUGCCUGGUGCCCGGGGGCCGCCGGGGGACAACGGUUAUGCCCCGCACUGCCUGCCCCCCAGCAGCUACGAUGCGGACCAGAAGCCGGGCCUGGAGCUGGCGCGGGCCGAGCCCGCGUACCCGCCGGCGGCGCCGGAGGAGUACAGCGACCCCGAGAGUCCGCAGUCCAGCCUGUCGGCGCGCUACUUCCGCGGCGAGGCGGCCGUGACCGACAGCUACUCCAUGGACGCCUUCUUCAUCUCGGACGGGCGCUCGCGGCGGCGGCGCGGCGGGGGCGGCGGGGAGGCGGGGGGCGCGGGGGACGCCGGGAGCGCCGGGGGGCGCGCGGGGCGCGCGGGGGCGCCGGCGGGGGUCGGGCACCGGCACGCGUGCGCCGAGUGCGGCAAGACGUACGCCACGUCGUCGAACCUGAGCCGCCACAAGCAGACGCACCGCAGCCUGGACAGCCAGCUGGCGCGCAAGUGCCCGACGUGCGGCAAGGCGUACGUGUCCAUGCCCGCGCUGGCCAUGCACGUGCUCACGCACAACCUGCGCCACAAGUGCGGCGUGUGCGGCAAGGCCUUCUCGCGGCCCUGGCUGCUGCAGGGCCACAUGCGCUCGCACACGGGCGAGAAGCCGUUCGGCUGCGCGCACUGCGGCAAGGCCUUCGCCGACCGCUCCAACUUGCGCGCGCACAUGCAGACGCACUCGGCCUUCAAGCACUACCGCUGCCGCCAGUGCGACAAGAGUUUCGCGCUCAAGUCCUACCUCCACAAGCACUGCGAGGCCGCCUGCGUCAAGGGGGCCGAGCCGCCCCCGCCGCCCCCCGCCGGCCCCGCCAGCUGA